AUGGCAUCGACGUUAAUCUCUUCUUUGGCCGUUGUCUUGCCGUUAACGUUACUAGCUCCGUCAAUGUCCAUGAAAAUCUCUCGAAUCGACGUCCUCGGAUAUAUUUGUAACAACGGCACCGUCUCCAACGAGGAGGCUUACCGGAGAUCAUAUCAGAUUAACCUCGACGCGAUCAGAGGUGAUAUGAGGCAUGUCAAGUUUGGAACUCAUGAACAUGGAGAUCCUCCGGAGAGAAUGUACGUUUUGUCGCAGUGUGUUAGCGAUCUCUCAUCCGACGAAUGUAGUUUAUGUUGGUCACGUGCUACCGAUCUCCUCUCUCAAUGUUUCCCGGCCACCGGUGGUUGGUUUCACCUCGACGGUUGUUUCGUUAGAGCUGAUAAUUACAGCUUCUAUCAAGAACCUGUUUCUCAUCAGGACACCAAGAUAUGUGCUAGUGAUAAGGAGAAGUCUGCAGAAUUCAAAGGUUUAGUAAAGGAAGUGACCAAAUCCAUUGUUGAGGCGGCUCCAUAUAGUCGAGGUUUCUCGGUGGCUAAAAUGGGAAUCCGGGAUUUAACGGUUUACGGGUUGGGAGUAUGCUGGCGAACGCUAAAUGAUGAGUUGUGCAAAUUAUGCUUAGCAGAUGGAGCUUUAUCGGUUACGAGCUGCUUACCAUCCAAAGAAGGUUUUGCCUUGAAUGCAGGAUGCUACUUGCGUUACUCUAACUAUACCUUCUAUAAUGAACGUGGAUUGCUUGCUAUGAGCUUCACUAAAGAAAACCUUACGUAUAUAUUUGUUAUUUCCAUGGUGGGUGUGUUGGCUAUUGCAGCUGGAUUUUGGUGUGGAAAAUGCUUCUAUAUGCGAACUAGUCCAAAGAAGAAGAUUAAAGGAACUAAGACUAAAAAGUUUCAUUUGUUUGGACAUCUAAGGAUAGAGAAAGAGUCAGAGUCAAUAUGUACUGAGUCACACUUGAUGAGCUUUGAGUAUUCAACUCUUAAAAAAGCAACCAACAACUUCAAUGAGAGUUGCAAGCUUGGUGUUGGUGGAUAUGGUGAAGUCUUCAAGGGAACUCUGUCUGACGGUAGAGAAAUUGCGAUUAAACGACUACAUGUAUCAGGAAAGAAGCCACGGGAUGAGAUCCAUAAUGAAAUAGAUGUGAUUAGUAGAUGCCAACACAAGAACUUGGUUAGGCUCUUAGGUUGCUGCUUCACUAACAUGAAUAGUUUCAUUGUUUAUGAGUUCCUCGCCAAUACAAGCCUUGAUCAUAUCUUGUUUAACCCGGAGAAGAAGAAAGAGCUUGACUGGAAGAAGAGGCGAACCAUAAUCUUAGGAACAGCUGAAGGGUUAGAGUAUCUUCACGAAACGUGCAAGAUCAUUCACAGAGAUAUCAAAGCAAGCAACAUUCUGUUAGACUUAAAGUACAAACCUAAAAUAUCAGAUUUUGGAUUAGCCAAGUUUUAUCCAGAAGGUGGCAAAGACAUCCCUGCUUCUUCUCUUUCUCCUUCUUCAAUUGCGGGCACUCUAGGAUAUAUGGCUCCUGAAUACAUUAGCAAGGGAAGACUAAGCAAUAAAAUCGAUGCUUAUAGCUUCGGAGUUCUUGUUCUCGAAAUAACCAGCGGUUUUCGAAACAAUAAGUUCCGGUCUGAUAACUCCCUUGAAACCUUAGUUACUCAAGUUUGGAAAUGUUUUGCUUCAAACAAGAUGGAAGAGAUGAUAGACAAAGAUAUGGGAGAAGAUACAGAUAAGCAAGAAAUGAAGAGAGUGAUGCAGAUCGGUUUGUUGUGCACACAAGAGUCUCCACAACUUCGUCCAACAAUGUCUAAGGUUAUACAAAUGGUUAGUUCCACAGAUAUUGUAUUGCCCACUCCUACUAAACCACCUUUCCUUCAUGAUUCCAUGUAA